AUUUACAAAACUUUUGAAUCUGAAUCUACAUCUUCUUGUCACCUAAUAAAGUAAAGAACAAAAAGUCAAGUCUCUUUGUCUUUUCAUUCCCUUAUAAUUGAGCAAAGCCAGAAACAGAUUAGUCAGUUCCUCAGAAACUGUCCAAUGCCUCAGCUGGAUCGCUCUAGGGUCUCUUCGGCUAAGCUACUUUCGGUGGUCGUCGACGGCGACUAUUAUGGCCGAUCAUCUGCUGCGGUUCCCUUCAAAUGGGAAUCUCAGCCCGGAACUCCCAUAAGACUUUUCAAACGAUCUUCAGGUUCUGAUUCCGAUUUCAAUUCUCCUGUUUCAGGUCCACUCACACCUCCUCCUUCUUACUUCAGCGCUUCUCCUUCCUCUACAAAGCCUAAAAGAGCCAACGUUCGUUCUGCUUCCUUGGUCAACAAGAAUCGUAGUGUUCCGUCGUCUCCGGUUGCUUCAUCUUCAUCAUCCUCGUCUUCAACAUCUUCUGUGCCUUCCUCUCCAAUGAGGACGUCGGAUUCGUACGGAAGGAACAGCAGAAGACCAAUGUGGUACGGAUCUAGACAUUAUAAUGCUAAGUCUUCAGGAUGCUACGGUUCCAUCAUCAAGUUGUUUCUAAGAGAUGUCAAGUAAUUAUGUUUUUAAAUCUCUCAAAAAAUAUGUUGGGUUUCUACUCUUUUUUUGUAAUCUUGGGAAAUAAUUUUCUGAAACUAAUUGUCCUCAGAUUCAUUUCA